UAUCAUGUAACUCACUGGACACACCCAAAUAUGUGGAUGUGUUAAAAGAGGAGGAUCAGUGGUGAAAAACUCCAACGGACAGUUCGUCAAAGGAACUCAAGAACAGGAUUGUUCUUCGUUUCGGAGAGAAAAUGGUGGAUUAUAAAGUGACUGUAUCCACUGGUACACCUGUCAAUGCCACAACUAUUAACCACAUCCAUAUUAAGCUGGUGGGCACAGAUGGGGAAAGUGAUCGCACCAGGCUCAGUUGCAUCACCGGGCCGUUAGCUUUCAUUGCUGGGAAAGUGUCCACUUUUACUGUGUCCUGUCCUGUCUCUGUUGGAAAGCUGAUCCUGAUAGAGCUCGAUAAAAAGAAUCCCGUAGUGUUACCUGAAGACGAUUGGUUCCCUGCCAAGGUUGAAGUGGAGUCUCCUGAUGGAGAAACUUACAUCUUUCCUAUUUACCGCUGGAUCACAGACAGCGAGGUGCAACGCUUCAGAGAAGGAACAGCUCUGAGAGUGUGUGAAGACAGCCAUCAUCUUGGCAGGUACAGUAGGGAGCAGGAGCUGAAACAGCGAGAGAAAGACUAUCGCUGGGAUGUGUAUGCAGAGGGAAUACCCCACAUCAUGAAGGCAGAAGAUGCUUCUUCUCUGCCUUGUGAGGUCCGCUUCUCCUUCAACAAGACCAUUCAGUUUGGAUUCACAGCAGCUACUGCGCUGGCUGAGUUGAAAGUAAAGGGAAUCGCUGACUCCGAGAAGAACUGGACUGAUAUUGAUCAUAUCAAUCGUGUGUUCUGUUCCAAGGACACUGAAAUAUCAAAAUAUGUAACGGAACAUUGGAAGGAGGACACUUUUUUUGGCUACCAGUACCUAAAUGGUGUCAAUCCGAUUUUGAUCCGACGUUGUACAGCUCUGCCUGAAAACUUCCCUGUCACUGAUGACAUGAUCUUCCCUGAUGGUCAGAGUAGUUUGGCAGAUGAAAUGAAGAAUGGCAACAUAUUCCUGUUGGACUACACACGUUUGGAUGGACUGAAAGCAAACAUUGUCCAUGAGAAGCAGCAGUACUUGAUGGCUCCCCUUGUCCUGCUCCAGAAAACACCUGAUGAUAAGCUGAUGCCGAUUGCUAUACAGCUGAAGCAGACUCCAGCAGAUGACAACCCCAUCUUCCUUCCUACUGACUCUGAGUAUGACUGGUUAACAGCCAAGAUGUUUGUGAGAAGUGCAGAUUUCAGCGAGCAUCAACUAAAUGUUCAUCUGCUGCGCACUCAUCUGCUGGCUGAGGUUUUUGCUGUGUCACUGCUGCGCAAUGUGCCCAUGGUGCAUCCACUCUACAAGCUCCUCCUACCUCGCACUCGCUACACUAUGCAAAUCAACUUAAUGGCUCGAAAUCUUCUAAUAUCUCCAAGUGGAUUUUUUAACACGUAUGCAGCUUCUGGCGGUGAGGCUCUGUCCACAAUCCUUGAGAGAUCCAUGUCCUCAAUCACCUACAAGUCUCUCUGCAUGCCGGAAGACAUUGCUGAGCGUGGGAUGGACGAUGUGCCGAACUACUACUACAGGGAUGAUGGACUGAAGCUUUGGGAUAUCAUUAACAGGUUUGUGCAGGGAUUGCUCACCUUCUACUACAAGAGUGAUGAUGAGGUCAAGCAAGACUCAGAACUACAGAAGUGGACUUCUGACAUUUUUGAACAUGGAUUUCUUUCCCAAGAAAGCACAGGAAUUCCACAGUGCUUAAGCUCUGUGGCUGAGUUGGUGAAGUUUGUCACCAUGGUUCUCUUCACUUGCUCAGCACAGCACUCAGCUGUGAACGAUGGACAGUAUGACUAUGGUGGCUGGAUGCCCAACACUCCCAUCUCCCUGCAACUUCCCCCACCAACCUCAAAGGGGACAACAAGCGAGGUCACGAUGCUGAACACACUGCCUGACAUUGGUACAUCAGCUCAGGGAAUGGCCAUCUUGUGGCUACUCAGCAAGCCUCCGUUUGACUUUGUCCCUCUUGGCCAGUUCCCAGAGCAGCAUUUCACUGAGGAGAUUCCCUCGGAGCUGGUAAAGGAUUUUCGAGGAGAGCUUGAAGUGUUGACUACAGUCAUCAGUGUCAGAAACAGGAAGCUGGAGAUCCCAUACACAUACAUGGAUCCAGCGGACAUGGAAAACAGUGUGACCAUUUAAUUUCCAUAAAUUGAGACCAAAUUGAGCUUGUUUGUUGAGCCUGUUUGUUUUAUGCCAGUGAGUCUGCAGAAUACAAUUAUAUUAUUGUGAAACAUAUUGGAAAUAUUUCAUAACCAACCAGCAUGGUGCAAAUGCAAAAAAAAGGCUAAUAUGCCCUUUAAAAAUCACAACACAGGCCUCCUUAAACAAAGCUCCCAACACACUUGAUCAGCAUAUUCUCUGGAUUGAAUAUCUCUUAACUCUCUUAUGAUUUUUCUCUAUAAUCUACAAUUCCUUCAUAUUCUGGAAAUGUGUUCCAAUUUUGCUUUGUUGAAGAGGGUGAAUUGUCAAUUGUGAAAUUGUGAAUUGUGUCAGAAUCUCUGCAUGUAAUACCUCAGUUGAAUUGUAUUAACUAUCACUAAUUCUAUUUUAAUCUGUGACCACAUUUAAUCAAAAAUAAAGCUUGCUUAUUCUACAAUA